GGCAGCAUGAGGCGGCCCAACGUUUUGCUCACCGGUACUCCCGGCGUUGGGAAAACCACACUCGGAAAAGAACUUGCGUCAAGAGCCGGGAUGACCUAUAUUAAUGUGGGUGACAUGGCAAAAGAAGGAGAACUGUAUGAAGGUUUUGAUGAGGAAUAUGAUUGUCCGAUUUUGGAUGAAGACAGGGUAAUUGAUGAACUAGAAGAUAAAAUGAGUGAGGGUGGUGUUAUUGUUGAUUAUCACGGCUGUGAUUUUUUCCCUGAACGGUGGUUUCAUAUAGUAUUUGUACUUCGUACAGAAAAUUCAUUUCUGUAUGACAGACUUGAAAGCAGGGGCUACAAAGGGAAAAAGCUGCAAGACAACAUUCAGUGUGAAAUUUUUCAGACACUUUAUGAGGAAGCUAUGUUGUCAUACCGAGAGGAAAUUGUACACCAGUUACCCAGCAACACUCCAGAAGACCUAGAGAGAAAUUUGGAUCAGAUUAUGCAAUGGAUUGAGCAAUGGAUGAAGGACAACAAUUGACAUUUGGUGAAAAAGUAACUCUGCUGGAUCACUUGCUGGGAGGGUUUAAUAAAUGACAUUCGUAAUUCUUGUAUGAUAAAUUAAAAUUAAUUUUAUUGUAAUUUGGUAUGGUUGGGGACUAGAGGAAGGUUCAGAAUAGCCAGGUUGUAAGGCUUUGGAACAGCUUCUGAAGCACGCUGGGAGAAGCACACAGGAGAACUGACACAAGUGAAAAUUCAGCAGUGAAUGAAAGGAUGAAAAUGACACAGUUGCCCUUAGUAGCAGGAACUAGGUUCAAUAAUUGAGAAUAUUUUGGAGCUUAUCAAAACCAAACCUUCCCCCCCCCCCCAAGAAAACUGUAAAAUCCUGGUAACUGAUGGCAAUUGAGGAGCUUUUGAUUUCUAAAGGGUAAAACAGUGUCCUGAGAAGGAGUUAGUCUGUUUCUGAAUUGCUAGACUAAAACCUACAAUACUCCACUGUAUUCUUGAAUGUGUGGAGGCUCCUGUGGAGUGAGGGGUGUAUAAUAUAGUUUAAGGAGGGUGCUUUAUUUUGGAGGGAAGAGAAGUGACUUGUAAGAGAGAUACUUUAAAAUGAUUACACAGAACUUCAGGAAUUACUUACAGUGUAAGGAAACAUCAGCUAUGUCUACACUGGUGUGGAAUAUUAAUAAGUUUUCUUUCUCCGUUUUCUCUCUGUAUUGGCCAUCACAAUCAUGGAAUGUAUUUAUCACUGUAAGUUUAUCAAGGAAAUACGUAAUUUGGCAGGAUAACAAACCUGCAGCGGUCUAAAACAUGGUGACACUUAAAAUACUGGCAGCCAUCUGUUCUCAUUGCUUGUAAAGCCUGGGUCCCAGGAGAGCACGGCUGUGCAGAGCAGAAAUAACUUUUCUUCACUGAAAAGGUGGCUUGUAAAGCCUUGUAACAGAUUCUGUAGAAAGUGCUUGCUAAUAAACUUUUUAUAUACACGAGU